AUGAGUCUCACAAAUCUACGAACGUCCUUCCAAUGGAUCUUUGCGAAGUUCGGUCAUUGUAAGGCUCUCGAAUCCUCCGGAAUCAGUGACACUGUUUCAGUAUCAGCUGUCUCUCGUCCACGCUUUGACGAGCUACCAUUAAAGCAGGGCGAUCCAAAGGGCUCUGCUUGGGGCCUCUGGGGGAAUCAAGAUGAGCGGGGGACGUUGAAUCUGAUCACCGACGAUGUCGUGCGCGCUGCUUCGGCAGAAGCUAUUCAUGGAAAAGUCGUUAAUUUGAAUCUUCCUCUGCAUGUUCCGCUGAAGCCCAUGAACCCCCGCCGAAAGCCAUGCGCGCAUACAUUGAUCGCCAAGGGACAUGCCAAUGAUGACGAGCUCGAUUUCAACACACAAAGCUCUAGCCACUGGGAUGGACUCCGGCAUUACCCGUAUUCCGAAACCAGACAAUUCUAUAAUGGGAUUGUUCAAGAAGAUAUGUCUACCAGUCAUAGAAUUGGCAUCCAAAAUAUGGCAGAGAAACCGAUUGUGACCCGGGGAGUUCUCCUUGAUUGGUAUGGAUAUGCACAACGAAAGAAUCUGCCUCAUCACCCGUUUACGAAUCAGGACAUUCCUCUUCGUGAGCUACUUGAGGUUUCAAGGGAGGAAGGUGUGACUUUUCGCCGUGGUGACAUUCUUGUUAUUCGUACAGGGUGGGUUGCUGCGUAUUCGCAGCUAACAGAUACCGAGAAGAAGCGGUUGGGAGGACGUGAUGACCGUGCGUCUUGUGGAGUUGAAGCCACGGCGGAGGCGAUUCGAUGGCAUUGGGAGCAAGGGUUUUCGGCGGUUGCUAGUGAUACUGUGGCGUACGAGGCAUGGCCGUCACCAAAACCGUGGGGUGUGUGUAUGCACGAGGUUUUCCUAAGUGGAUGGGGGAUGCCUAUAGGUGAAUGCUGGAAUUUGGAAGAGCUGAGUGAAACUUGUACAAAACUCGGCCGUUGGACUUUCAUGCUUACAAGCGAACCUCUCAACCUCUAUGGUGGUGUUGCUAGUCCGCCCAAUGCUAUUGCUAUUUUUUAA